AUGAGGAAUGUUAAGAACUUAGUAGAAUCUGAGACUUAUUACAAUUCAUUUUUGGAACGUAUUGGUUUAGUGUCUCGGUCAAGUAUAUUCAGAAUCGACUCAUACAACGAAUACAUUAACAUGCAAGCUAUUGAAGCUAAAAUACAAACUGUCGGUGCUCAAAUCUUCAAAAAUGAACUGAAUGUCUCGUCAUGUAUUUUCGAGACAAUUUACCAACAAUGUAGCAACAAAGACAUAGGUCAGUCAACGAUGUGGCAUUUCAAGUAUCGUUCAAUUGAUGGACGAGGGAACAAUUUAAAAAAUCCGGACUGGGGAGCCAGCAAUACUCCAUUUUCAAGAUUCGGGCCGAAGAACUACGAGGACGGCAUUUAUGCAAUAAGAAAAAGUGUGACCGGCUCAGAUUUGCCUAAUGCUCGAUUGCUCGUUCAGAAUGUUUUAUUAAAAGCGGUCAGAUCACCACCGCCAGCUUCACAACACAAUUCUUUAGGGCUGUUAAUUGUUUUGUUCGCGACACAUGACUUACAUUAUCAAGCUCCCAUGCAAACCAAAAGUGGACAAUAUGAGAUUCGAUGUUGCUCAAAAGAACAUAAAAAUGUACUACCUUCUGCUUUGUCACAUUCAUCGUGUCUUCCGAUAGAUGUAUCGAAAAGCGAUCCAUUUUUUAAAAAGGCGAACAUCGGGUGUCUGAACAUGGUUAGAGCUCAGUUAGGAAAAUAUGGAAAUGGCGUUGAAACUGGGCAGAUCAUGAACCGUGCUACUGCCUAUCUGGAUCUGUCUCUGAUUUAUGGGAAUAAUGAAUCUGAAUUGAAACCAUUACGAAUUUAUAGGCGCGGGAAAUUACGACUUGGAAAGGGUGGUAUUCUUCCAGUUGAUUCGAAUGGAAAUUACCUACCAUCUAUGGAUCGAUUUAUUGUCACACCGAUCGGUUCGAUCUGGCCAGCUUUGUUUUCGCGAAACCACAAUCAUCUUGCUGAAAGGCUUACAAGACUCAACCCCAGAUGGAGCGAUGAAAGAAUUUUUCAAGAAGCUCGUAGAAUCAAUAUUGCCAAUUUUCAGUUCAAUUUGAUAACAGCAAAGUCAAUCGAAAAGAUUUCAAAUAGAGUUGUCAAUGCAACCUAUUCCCAUAAAACGAAUGUUGCAACAUCCGUCGAAUUUGCAUUAACAUAUCGCGGAGCUCACUAUUACCUUCCUGCGCAUAUGCUGUUUCAUGGCGAAAAUAAUCGAUCGAGAAGAUAUUUGCAAUCCAACACAAUUGGACGUAUUGAUCUUUUAGAGAAUGGUUUCGAUGAUGCAUUAAGAGGUGUCCUGAAUCAGCCUGUAAACGUCGGCCGAUAUAGUGAUGAGGUAUUGCAGAAAAGAUCUAACUAAUAUUUUCAAUUUAAUUGUUUUCAAUUCGAACAGCUCGUCAAUAGAAUCGGAAAAAAUCGUCAAGGUUUCGGUACUGAUCU